UCCUGAAGGUACCCUAAUGAGUGGUCAGCUGCCAACUUCCUCUUUAUCACAAUCAGAUAAGAGUGUCUCGUUCUCUCUCUCUCUCUCUCUGUGACAGAUUUUAAGCUGCAACCCUGUGAUUUCUCUCUUCCAAGUUUCAAUCCAUGGCUUCAACUGCUUGUGCUCUCACUUCCCCAGCUCUGGCGGACAGCCGUGUCCCUGCAGCCCGUUCCAAAUCACCUAUAGCCAUUGGCCUCCCUUCUCUACCUCCACUUCCUAAUGUGGCUUCUCAGGGGACCUCCAGAAUCUCUGGUUUCUCUCCCAAAAGGCUUGCACAGAAUGUUGUUGCCAUGGCCACUGGAGAAGCACCAGCUCAAGUUGCAACUCAGCUUCCAGAAUUUGUUAAAACUAUUCAAGAAGCUUGGGAUCAAGUUGAAGAUAAAUAUGCAGUAAGUUCACUUGCAUUUGCUGCUGCUGUUGGGCUCUGGGGCUCUGCCGGGAUGAUCUCGGCCAUUGAUAGGCUUCCUGUUGUUCCUGGAGUUCUUGAACUUGUAGGAAUUGGAUAUUCAGGGUGGUUUGCAUACCAGAAUCUGGUUUACAAGCCCGACAGGGAAGCUUUGCUUGUGAAAAUUAAGUGCCUCUACCGUGACAUAAUUGGAAGCAGCUGAUAGAGUUAUGCCAUGCAUUGGAAUAUAUGUUUCCAUUGAUGUAAACUCUUCCGCACUUGGGAAACUAUUUUCCAGAGGAGCAUAGUAAUAUGAUCUUUUUUUUUUUUCCUCCUAGUACUAUACAAAUAUAUAAGCUUCUAACCAAGAAUAUCUUUCUUAUGCAUCAAAUUGUCACCUUUCUUUGUC